UUGGGGGGUUUCCAUGACGACGACGUCGGAAGGGGGGUGAAGGGGGGGUCAAGUCGGAGCGCAUGCGCGGUGCGUGCCGGACGCAGCACGUCUUCCCGAGUCGCCCGCGUAGCUGUCGUGGGGUCCCUGAACCGCGGGCGGCCGGCUCCCUCCGCUCGGCCAUGGCCCCCCCGCCGCCGUUCAGACCCCCAAGACCGUCGCGGCUGUUGCUGCUUCUGCUGACCGUGGCGCUGCUGGGCUCCCAGGCCCGCGCCGAGCCCGCCGCCGGGAGUGCGGUCCCCGCGCAGAGCCGCCCGUGCGUGGACUGCCACGCGUUCGAGUUCAUGCAGCGCGCCCUGCAGGACCUGCGGAAGACGGCCUACAGCCUGGACGCGCGGACCGAGACCCUCCUGCUGCAGGCCGAGCGCCGGGCCCUGUGUGCCUGCUGGCCUGCUGGGCGCUGAGGACCCUCAUCAGCACUGUUUGCUCCUCAAUAAACACCCAGCCCGGCA